AUGUCUAUGAUCACAGCGUCCAGCUGGGUACCCCGCGGUUUCGCGGCACCCUUCCCCUCCAAGUACACAUUCGACGAGGCUGAGUUCGAGCGCAUAGCAGAACUUGCCAAGCUGCAACUGGACGACGCCGAGGAGGAUUUGAAGGAGGCACAAGAUGAGGCAGAGGGCCCGACACCGGCAAAUGAGGCAGCAUCAGCCCCUAGCUCAAAAGCUGAAGAUAUCAACAUUGAUGACGAUGACCUCAAGGAGUACGACUUGGAGCACUACGAUGAUACCGACGAGGAAGAUGAGAACGAGGAGAAGGUUGGCCAGGGCGAAGGCAUGGCCAUGUUUGGCAACAUCAAGUCGCUGGCUUACUACGAGUCGAACAAGGAGGACCCGUACAUCACACUGAAGGGCGAUCAGGAUGACGAUGAUGAGGAUCGUGAAGACCUGCAAAUCCUUGCGACCGACAAUCUCCUGCUCGCGGCCAAGGUCGAGGACGAGAUGGCACACCUCGAGGUUUAUGUCUACGAGGACGCCGCCGACAACCUCUACGUCCACCACGACAUCAUGCUCCCCGCGAUACCUCUCUGCGUCGAGUGGCUUGAUAUCCCUGUGAAGAAGGCCGGCGUCGACCAGAACUCGACGGCCAACUUUGUCGCCGUCGGUACCAUGGACCCUGACAUCGAGGUCUGGGACCUGGAUACCGUGGACUGCAUGUACCCCAACGCCAUCCUGGGCCAGGCUGGCGAAGGUGCCGAAGAUAAGAAGAAAAAGAAGAAGAAGGCAAAGAAGGCAAACGACGAGUACCACGUCGACGCCGUUCUGGCCCUUGCCGCGAACAGGAAGCACAGAAACCUCCUGGCUUCCGCCUCAGCGGACAAGACGGUCAAGCUUUGGGAUCUGCACACGGCCCAGUGUGCCAAGUCGUACACUUACCACACGGACAAGGUCUGCUCUCUGGCAUGGCACUCGGUUGAGUCUACUGUUCUGUUGAGUGGCAGCUACGACCGAACAGUUGUCGCCGCAGACAUGAGAGCCCCUGAAGCUAAGGCGCCCAGAUGGGGUGUUGAGAGCGAUGUUGAGAACAUCCGAUGGGAUCCCCACGACCAGAACUUCUUCUACGUCUCUACGGAGAACGGUAUUAUCCACUACCACGACAUCCGCAACGCGCCGUCAACCCCUGAAGCGACCAAGGCCGUCUGGACGCUGCAAGCGCACGACGAGUCGGUCUCUUCUUUCGACAUUAACCCCGUUGUGCCCGGUUUCAUGGCUACCGGUUCAACUGACAAGACUGUGAAGCUGUGGAACAUUCAACCUUCAGGCCCGUCCAUGGUUGUCUCUCGUAACCUGGACGUCGGUAAGGUCUUUUCAACACAGUUCGCGCCUGAUCCCGAAGUGGCUUUUAGACUUGCCGUUGCCGGUAGCCGUGGAACCAUGCAUGUUUGGGAUACGAGCACCAACGCUGCUGUUCGCCACGCAUUUGCUGAGCGUGUUCCCCAGAAGCCGGAGGGUACUGAGGAGGACAGACUUGUCGGUGUUGCGGAGGACGACAGCAGUUCCAGCGAGGACGAGGGUGACGAUGGUGAGAAGGAUGGCGAAUCAAUGGAUGAGGAUGAGGAUUAA